AUGGCUGGGCGGGCUCCGGGAGUUGGUACUUCCUUCCUCGGAGACGCAUCUCGACCCUCGCGUCCGCCUUCAGCAGUUCCGUCAGGCUCCACGACGCCAUUCACGCACAUGUCGGCCUACGUGGAGGACACCGAGGACGCGGGUAAUCCCAACCCGUCUCUCAGGACAAACACUAGCUCUCAGACCGCGUUGCCGUCGAAGUGGAAUUUUCAUCAUUCACCGUCGGCGACGUCCGCUUUGCCUUCUGAGCCCCGAACCAACCUGUUCUUUCCUUCGUUUGCGAGCGAAGUCGCUCCUCUCGAUUACAACGCGCCUCCUUUCGCCGCAUCCACCCCUUGGCGUCCCAGCGCCCCGCCCCCUCUGCCCGAGGUGGGUCCUACACCCCUCUCGGCGGCGGAAGUUAGGAAGGCCGCCAAAGAAGCUGUCGACAAAUCCCAUCUCAAGGACUUGUUGGAUGAAUCAGGUCACUUCUACGUGCACCUGCGCAAGCCCGCCGAAGCUGAAGCUCUCUUCAACGACCUCAAUGCACCCGACGCGAUGGGCAAAUUUGGCACGCUGUUCGAAGAAGCGAACGCGUUUGUCGGAGACGACCUCGCUAAUUCUGACGUCCGCAACACGGCCGAAGUGGAGGACAAAGAGUCACGGUUCCACUUGACCGCUAGAGCGAUGAGGCGGGUCGACUAUGUCGUCGAAGGCUUGGAGACCUUGGUCGCCUCCAUGCUAAAGUUGGAAGGGGGUUCCCGUCGGUGGAAAGCCGACCACGCCGACUCCUUGCUCGAAGCUCUUCAAGGAUCCGCGUCGAGAGGUCUACUCUCCGACGCGUUCCGAGUCCUCCAGUACCGAGCGGCCAAAGCCCUUACCUUGAUUCAUCAACGACGCGCCCUCCAUCUUGGGCAACUCUACCCGAGCUCAAUCAGGUCGACGGACUCGGAUUUCAGUUUGCACGUCAAGGACUCGAACUCCAAAAGGGUCGUAAUCGAUAAAUGGCUGCAACACCCCGACUACUCCGUCGACUGGGCAAGACUAAGGGACUCGAUCCCGACCUGGCGAAUAAGCAAGUACCUCCUGAACUCCGAUUUCGAGUACUCCCGGCUUCCUUGCUUGUCACUCCCGUCACGCAUGGGGCUUCGGUUUCCAUGA